AUGUUGGGACUACGGGCAAUUUUGAUCGCCCUGCUGGUAUGCCUCCUAAUUCUACGCUAUCUGAAACAGAUGUCAUCACAGAGGACCUACCCUCCUGGACUUCUCCGGCUACCUAUCAUUGGAAGCAUUUGGCGGUUUGCCUUCUAUCGUUCCAAAGAUCUUCACAUUGAGCUGGCAAAGCAAUAUGGAAACAUUUACACUAUAUGGCUGGGACCUAAACCUGUCAUUGUACUGUCUGGAUUUGAGGCCGUGAAAGAAGGGCUGAUAAACCAUUCCAAAGACUUCGUUGAUCGGCCAGCGAGCCCUUUCCUGAAAGCCGUAGCAAAAGAAAAGGGUAUUAUAUUGUCAAAUGGCCACACCUGGAAGCAACAGAGGAAGUUUGGCACAGUUGCCAUGCGGAAGCUGGGGCUGGGGAAGAAAGGCCUGGAGCACCAAAUAGAAGAAGAGGCCCAGCAGCUUACUCAGACUUUUGCAUCUGCAAAAGGGCAGCCAUUUGACCCUUCAGCACCCAUCACUAAUUCUGUCUCCAACGUGAUCUGUGUCGUGGCUUUUGGACACCGGUUUUCUAUGGAAGAUAAAGAAUUUCUCAAUCUGAUAGACGCCAUUGGCUAUAUGUCUAGAUUUUUAAAUACCGUCUUUUAUGAUCUGUAUGAAGCCUUGCCAUGGCUCAUGGAAUAUCUCCCAGGCCCCCACAAGAAAGCAUUUGAAUGUUCAAAGACUGUGCAAUUAUUUGCCAAGAAGGAAAUGGAAAAACAUAAGGAACAUGAGGCUGUGCUUGAGCCACAAGAUUUCAUUGAUUUCUAUCUAUUUCAGAUGAAGAAAAACAAGAAUGACCCUAAUUCAACAUACAAUGAAGACAAUCUUACUCAGUGUAUUUUUGACCUCUUCAUCGCAGGAACAGAAACAACAUCUUUGACAUUGCAAUGGGCAUUGCUCCUCAUGGCAAAUCACCCAGACAUCCAAGAGAAAGUCCACAAGGAGAUGGAAAAAGCUUUAGGUUCAUCUCAAGUAUUCAACUAUCAAGAUUGGAAGAAGCUGCCCUAUACCAAUGCUGUGAUUCAUGAGAUCCAGCGUUCCCAAUAUAUCUUAAUAACCGGGCUCCCCAGACAAACUACAAAGGAUGUGAACAUACUGGGUUUUGUCAUUCCAAAGGGGACCAUGAUUUACCCAGACCUACGCUCUGUUCUUCUUGAUCCUAAAGAAUGGGAGACACCUGAGGCAUUCAACCCAAACCAUUUUUUGGACAAGGACGGAAAUUUUGUAGAAAGAGAAGCAUUUCUUCCAUUCGGAGCAGGGGCCCGUGUAUGCCUGGGAGAACAACUGGCAAAGCUUGAGCUCUUCAUCUUCUUCAUCAAGCUGCUGAGGUCGUUCACUUUCCAGGUGCCAAAAGGAGUAAAGGAGUUCAGCACAGAACCUAUAUUUGGGUUAUCAUUGCCUCCCCAACCUUAUAAGAUAUGUGCUAUUCCCCGCUGUGGUGCAUCAUAAACUAUGCAAUAUGGAUGGUUUCAGGUUGGUAGCCAUGUUGGUCUGUAGAAGAAGAGCAAGACUGGGGUCCAGUAGCAGCUUAGAGACCAACUAGAUUUAGUUGGAAAUAGUUGGUCUCUAAGGUGCUACUUGACCCAAAUCUUGCUCUUGCUCAUUUGUUACUGUAAAUCAUAUCUUUAUCCUUUUCAUUUCAUUUCAUUUCUGCAAUAAUUUGACUAAUGCUUAUUGAAGGUGGAAUUCCGGAAGGGCUGUGAUGUCUCUGUUGCUAAAGUUGUACUAUUGCCUGACAAAUAAUCUUAGUUGUAGUUUGAUGUCUUCAAAUAAAUGCUCG